AUGUUAGAUGACACAUAUGGGUACUAUGGCUGUGGUCUGGUGGUCCCCGAGUGUCUGGAGUGCUGCAGGGUGCUUGAUCUUGGCUGUGGGAGCGGACGGGACUGCUACAUGCUCAGCCAGCUUGUAGGAGAGAAGGGACAUGUCACUGGCAUCGACAUGACUGAAGAUCAGCAUGAGGUGGCUAGGAAAUACAUCGACUACCACACAAAAUUUGGUUAUAAAAAGCCAAAUGUGAAUUUUGUUCAAGGCUACAUUGAGGCUUUGGCAGAAGCAGGUCUGGAGGAGAAGUCAUAUGAUAUCAUCAUAUCAAACUGUGUGGUGAACCUGUCACCAGAUAAAGCCAGUGUCCUGAGGGAGGCUUACCGUGUACUGAAGGAUGGAGGGGAACUGUACUUUAGUGAUGUUUAUAGUGAUGCUAGAAUCCCCGAAGACCUCAAGGCCAACAAAGUAUUAUGGGGUGAAUGUCUCAGUGGAGUAUUAUGGUGGGAAGACCUGAUACGACUGGCUGAAGAGGUUGGGUUCUGUAAACCCAGACUGGUUACUGCUAGUAUCAUCACUGUGGGCAACAAGGAAUUAGAGAAACUGCUUGGUAACUACAAAUUUGUGUCAGCCACAUACCGGCUCUUCAAGUUACCCAAAGGUUCAGAGAAGAAGUCCUGUCUGGUCAUGUACAAUGGAGAAAUUACAGGUGUGGAGGAAAGCUUCGAGUUUGAUGGCCAGUAUACCUUUAAGGUAGAUAAAGAGAUGGAGGUGGAUGGUGAUGUGGCCAGCAUCUUGAGCAACUCCAGAUUUUCUGGAGAAUUUACAUUUCAGCGUCAGGGGCUGAAAACCCCUGAAAAAAAGAGGAUGCUGGGCCAAACCCAAGUUCCUGGAUGCAACGAAUUUUACCGUACCUAUGAGGCAGUGUCAGUGGAUCCCUUUGAGCUGGUCCAGCAAGUGUAACUGCUUCCACUGGGGGGUGCUGUGGAGACCAGCAAUCAUGCUGCCAGUAAAUCCCAGCAAAUUUCAAAGCAGUAUUGUUUGAUUUUGACUCGAAAAGAACACAUUUGUUGUUAAUUGUGACCGUGAUUGUGUAAAUUUUUUUAUAUUACUCUAUACUGUAAUAUAGUAUUAAUUAUAAUUUUG